AUGGGUUCAGAACUGGGUAACACGCCCGACACGAAGCCCGAGGUUCGCCUCGAUGGCGUCGGCGUCUUCUACAUCGUCUUCGCCAUCGUAUGGACGCUCCUCCUGUUCGGCGGCAUGGCCUUCCUCUGGAUGCGCCGCGACAUGCCGAUCCUUCGAAUCCGCGGUCUUGGCUUGUCAUUUGCCGCCGUGUGUCUCCUACACGGAUACUGGAUGGCCGUCACUGUCGCCUAUGUAUACGGCCCUCUCAUGCCCGAGGUAGCCGAGUACUGGAUCAUGGGCAUCUGGCUGCCCUUCGGCGUAGCGCUCUUCCAGGCAUCCAACAGUCGCUUCCUCUACGUCGCCAACGCACAGAAGAAGUAUGUCAAGAAGACGGUUGAUGUUGGGUGGAACGGCGAGCGACCCCGGAUUCGCAAGACCCUCGUCGCCCGCUGGAAGAUGCUCGACUACAGCUUCAAGAUGCUUCUGCUUGUCGGACUCGGCAUGGCCUUCCAGCUUUUCCUCACCGUCUUCAUGUUUCUCGUGUCGCGCAAGUUCCACGCGUCUUUUGGCAUCGCCGGCACCGAGGUUACUGGUACUCCCAUGGAGCAAAAGACGGCUCAGGGCCGCGGCUGGGAGUGGUGGCCGUCGGUCUUCUGGCAGCUUUUCUGGGCUUGGAUCGUUGCGCCCAUGAUUCUCUGGCGAUCUCGCGGCCUCCGUGACACUCAGGGGUGGCGCACGCAGACCAUUGCCUGCUGCCUUUCGGGACUCCAUGCCGCGCCGAUGUGGCUGAUUGCCCUUUACGUGCCUGGCAUGGCACCAGUGAACCAGUACUUUAUUCCUCCCAUGUGGAUUGUGCUGUCCAUCACGUUCCUGGAGAUCUUCACCGUCUUUCUGCCGUGCUGGGAGGUUCGCAAGCAGAGGGUGCUUUGCCAAGAGACUCUCGACUCGAUCGCCCGAUGGGAGUCUCGCCAGAAGUGCGCUCCGGCCGGAGCGGCCAAGUCGAUUCACUCCAGCACCACGGCGUCUUCGUGGGCGGGCCGGACUAAGGCCGCCUCCGUCAGCAGCUCGGGCGGCAGUAUCCUCACCAUGGAUGCCCUGGAGCAUACGCUUGCCAAGAAUCCCGAGCCUCUGCAGCACUUCUCUGCGCUGCGUGACUUCUCCGGCGAGAACAUUGCCUUCCUGACGCGGGUCCGCGAGUGGCGGGCGACGUAUCUCGUUCUCGGCAAAGACUCUGACCGGACGCUGGAGAAGACGGAGAGCGAGAAGGACUCGACCACGACGGACAAGCUGUCACGCGAAUGCUACGAGAGCGCGCUGCGCAUCUACAUGGACUUUAUCAGCAGCAACAGCGCCGAGUUCCAGGUCAACCUGUCUUCAGCCGACUUCAAGAACCUGCAGGCCGUCUUCGAGCCCGCGGCGCGCAUCAUCUACGGCGAGAAGGGCUCACCCGAUCCCGCCACGCCCUUUGACGACACGCCACGCCACAACGACACGGCUGAGCUGAUUCGCUACUGGGGCGAGAUCCCCGAGGGCUUCAGCGACGGCGUGUUUGACGACGCGGAGAUGAGCAUCAAGUACCUGGUUCUCACCAACACGUGGCCCAAGUUUAUCAAGGAGAGACGGUCAUUUGACGCGUCAAGCAGCGUGGAAUCUGGGAGGCAGUGA